AUGAUCACAGCGUUAAUCGUCUAUGUCGAUGAUAUUGUGGUGACUGGAGAUGACAGUGAGGAGAUAGGCAAAUAUCAAAGGCUAGUGGGAAAGCUGAUAUAUCUGUCUUUGACUCGCCCUGAUAUCACUUAUGCAGUGGCAGUAGUAGUAGUGAGCCAAUUUAUGCCUGCUCCUAAGAGUGGGCACUUGGAGGCUAUGUACCGCAUCCUCAGAUACUUGAAAUCCUCUCCAGGAAAAGGACUCUCAUAUGCCCAGAACAAUCACUUGAGGAUAGAAGGUUAUUCUGAUGUUGAUUGGACUGGAUCCAUCCCUGAUAGACAAUCUACUUCCGGCUAUUGCACAUUUGUGGGUGGUAAUUUGGUUCCAUGGAGGAGCAAGAAAUAG